UUGAGAGAUGCUAAGGCUAGAGGAUUUCAUCGAAGUUAUUCUUUAGUAGUUGUUUGUAUGGAUAAAUUGCUUUUGCUUAGACAUUAUGAUUUUCUUACUAAUAGUCUUUGCUCUAUUGUUUCUAAAUUACAGGAAAUAACCAACACAUUUUUUAUUUAUGAGCAAGCUCAAGACUCAGAAUUAAGAUUAGCUUCAAAUGUCAAAAAUGCUCAUUGGUUGCCCCAUCAAUUUUAUCCAAGACAAUAUGCUGUAGAUACUUCUAGAAGUCUUAAAAUAAUUACAAAUGAUGAAAAUAUUUUUACUUUAUUGCAUAGUCAAAUGAUUUCUUUGCUAAAAACUUUGACUUCACUUGAUAAAGACAUUUUACUUGAAGGAUGUCCUACACAAGAAAUGCUUUUUAUGACAGAAUUAAGUGUUUGUGGUUCUUUAGAAGAAAAAGAAUUAAUUAAUCAACUUUCAUCGAAACAAACAUUAAUUCAACUAGACGAUUUACGUUAUAUUGCUCAAACUUUAGCUGAACAAGAUUCGGCUUUGUUAAAUGCAUUAAUUUGGCAAAUAAUUAUUGGUGAACAGAUUGUUGUUAAAUGUAAUUCUUUAAUUGCUCGUCAACAAUUUAUACAUUCACUUGUUCAAUUAUUACCAAUUGGAUGUGUUAGAUUAGAUGCAAAUGCUACUCAAUAUUAUCAUUCUUAUAAAUAUAAUUUUCUUGGUUGUUCACCAGAAAUUGAAAUUCCUUCAAAUUAUCUUUCAAAUAUAUUUUUAUUAAUUCUCUCUGAAAAUGAUAAAAAGGAAGAAGAAUUAAAUAAUGAUGAUAAACAAGAAAUUCAAACAACAAAUUUAAAUAAAUUUAAUAUUUUUGUUGGAAGUUUUCCUCAAAGAAAAGAAUCAGAAAAGCCAACUUUAGUUAAGAGAUAUAGUCAACUUUUGCUUGAUUCAAUGAUUAAUGGUUUUACCCUUGAAAGUGCUUUACGUGCUACAAGAAAUGAAUGGCUAAAUAAUGUUAAAUUAAUUUUUCAAUUGAGACAUCAACGUGAAACUAUAGAUCUUCAAAGAAUUAUGCGUAUAAUUAAAUGUCGAUCACAAGAUUCUCCGGUUAUUUUAUUUUGGCAAAAAGGACUUUCUAAAAGAUAUAAACAUUUGGUUCUAAAAAUGGCAAAAUUUAAUGAAAAUGGAGAAGAAAAUGGUUCUUCAAAUUGUUUUUCAAAAAAGACACAAACAUCAAAAAAGAAUAAGAAGGAAGAGGACUUGAUGGUUGAUAAUUGUAAUGUGUAGGAGUAUUAGAAGAAUAAAUAGAUGUAUAUAUAUAUAUUGGAGUGGAGGUUGAUAAUCAACAUUUCUGAAAUUUGUAAGUUUUAAUUUUUUGUGAAUUUUAAGGAAAAUAUUUUUUUAGACUUUGACCACCUUGUAAAAAAACAAAACUCAACACAUUUUCACUAUGAGCUCUUUUAUAUAUUUCU